AUACAGAAGGAAAAUAACAAGAAUGACAAGAAGAUCCUGGAACUCAUGUCCAACAUCAUCCAGCUGCUGACUGGAGAGGUUGCCAUAAGGACUGAUCAGGUUUCCAUCUAUUUUUCCUUGGACGAGUGGGACUAUAUAAAAGGAAACAAGGACCUUUAUGAGGAAGGAAUGAAGGAGGAGCCACAGCAGCUCCACCCACUGGAUUGCAGCAUUAAUCCACUUACAGAACAGAUACCGGGAACAGAUACACCUACUCCUAUCAUGGGAUGCAACAGCUCGGCAGAGGAUUAUAUUUCAGUUGUUGUUAGAGAGGAAAGGGCUUCAUGGGAAGAAGAGAAGCAACUUGCAGAACAAACACAAGGAACAGAAACAUCGACUCUCAUGGGGCAGAGCAAGAACAGUAGCUUGUUCUGCAAGAUAAAUACAGUUACAGGACAGAUAUUGCAGACAGAUAAACAAGAUGAUUAUAUAUCAUCUGUUAUUAAGGAGGAGUCAGCUUCAUGUGAAUGGGGGAACCCCAUUGAAUCAGAAUGCAAUGAGCGCCAUAAACAAUGUAUUCAUAAUAGAGACUUUGAUAACCAUGAAAAAAAACACAAAAGAAAGAAAACUUUUUCUUGUUUGGAAUGUGGAAAAUGUUUUCUAAUCCAAUCACGCCUUAAAGCUCAUCACAAAAUCCACAUGGGAGAAAAACGUUUUUCUCGUUUAGAAUAUGGGAAAAGUUUUUCAAACAAAUCACUCCUUAGAAAUCAUCGCAGAACCCACACAGGAGAGAAACCAUUUUCUUGUUCUGAAUGUGAGAAAAGUUUUUAUACUUUAUCACAACUUACUGUCCAUCAACGACAAACCCACACAGGAAAGAGAAAUUUUUCUUGUUCAGAAUGUGGAAGAUGUUUUUCAAACAAAACACGCCUUAGAGAGCAUCACAGAACCCACACAGGAGAGAAACCAUUUUCUUGUUCUGAAUGCGGGAAAUGUUUUUUUACUUCAUCAGAACUUACUCUCCAUCGACGACAGAUCCACACAGGGGAGAAACCUUUUUCUUGUUUGGAAUGUGGAAAAUGUUUUUCAGUUCGAUCACGCCUUAAAGCUCAUCAGAAAAUCCACACAGGGGAGAAACCUUUUUCUUGUUCAGAAUGUGGACAAGGUUUUUCACAUCAAUCACGCCUUAGAGAGCAUCACAGAACUCACACAGGAGAGAAACCUUUUUCUUGUUCUGAAUGUGAAAAAAGCUAUGUCACUUCAUCACAACUUACUGUUCAUCAACGACGAACCCACAUAGGAGAGAAACCUUUUUCUUGUUCAGAAUGUGGGAAGUGUUUUUCAUAUAAAGCAGACUUUACAAACCACCACAGAACUCACACAGGAGAGAAACCUUUUUCUUGUUCUGAGUGUGGGAAAUGUUUUAACACUUCAUCAGGACUUCAGGUUCAUCGACGACGAAUCCACACAGGAGAGAAACCUUUUUCUUGUUCAGAAUGUGGGAAAUGUUUUGCCACUUCAUCACAACUUACUGUUCAUCAACGACGAACCCACAUAGGAGAGAAACCUUUUUCUUGUUCAGAAUGUGGGAAGUGUUUUUCAUAUAAAGCAGACUUUACAAACCACCACAGAACUCACACAGGAGAGAAACCUUUUUCUUGUUCUGAGUGUGGGAAAUGUUUUAACACUUCAUCAGGACUUCAGGUUCAUCGACGACGAAUCCACACAGGAGAGAAACCUUUUUCUUGUUCAGAAUGUGGGAAAUGUUUUGCCACUUCAUCACAACUUACUGUUCAUCAACGACGAACCCACAUAGGAGAGAAACCUUUUUCUUGUUCAGAAUGUGGGAAGUGUUUUUCAUCUCAAGCAGGCCUUAAAAAUCAUCACAGAACCCACAUGGGAGAGAAACCUUUUUCUUGUUCUGUAUGUGGGAAAUGUUUUAAACAUAGCAGUAGUCUAAAAAUGCACUUUCAGAUUCACACAAGAGGAAAACCAUAAAGCUUAUUGUCAUUGUGUGAUGUCAAACAUCAAUUAUAUCUUAAUAUGCAUGUCUGAAUUGUUUUGCCACAUCAUCUGAUCUGUUUACAUGCAAUAAAUCCACACAGGGGAGAACCCAUGUUCAUGUUCUGAAUGUGGGAAAUGUUUUGCACUUAACCAUAGUCUUAAUGAGCAGAUUUAUCAAAGGUUUUAUAUCAAAAUGUAUGUGACUUUUUUUAAUCUAAUAA